AUGGCCGCCCCUUUCGUUGACGUGUCUGGCAUCGCCAAGUUGGGUGUACAGCUCGCCACGAAGCUCGCAAUCUAUCAUCUCGGCACCUCUGGACCAGAUUGCGAUAUCCACAGUCUCAGUGACGAUGUUCUUGCUACAGCGGCAGCACUGAGCCAGCUGCGGGAAUUCCUUGCCGCUGAUGCACUUGAGUUUUCGCCCGUUUACCAAUACGCUGGCCGACAGGCCAUUGAAGAUCUUGCAACGAGAUGUGGGAAAGUGUACAACACCCUUAUCCGCAGCGUUUACAGGGCAAGUCUUGCUGUCAAGGUUGUCAAAGAUGUGGACUUUGAGACCCUUACUGCAGAGGACUUGAAGGCGUCCAGACUCCAUGCCAUCAACGACAACAUGGACUGGGAGAUGAUUGAGGAAGUCAUUGAGACGAGCGAGGUCCAACUGCGCUGGCUCAAAGCUAGUCUUCUGCUCCACAUGCAAGUGGCUGGUAUUGCCGGCCUCCAGAUCAAGCCGAGGUACCCUGGAAGCUUUGACGAGGAAUUGGCCUCAAGGAGUCUGGCAAUGCGUCUGUUGACGUGCAAGGCCAAAGUCGCAAAGGAGCUCGUCGAAAGAGUCGAGAGAAAGCAACGUUUGGCGCUCGCAGACAAGUCCAACACUGAGAGCGUUUACGAAUCUGAAGGUGCAUCAUCCGUCAGUGGCAGCGAUAUUGACGAUGACGCAGAAUCCUGGAAGUCUGGCGAGACUGCAAAUGACUCCAGGGCGCCAUCCAUCUGUGGUGACAAGACGGAGGAGAAGGCCAAGGUCAAACCCGUCGUUGAGCUUGCCACACCACCUCCUCCUCCGCCGCCGAUGGUUGCCCCGACAAGCUUUUGGCACCAACCAUGGGAUGGGACCUCAGACGGGGGCCCCGCUGAAAUCAAGCUGUUGAAGCCAAAGCGUCGAUUCCCAGCCAAGGUCUUCAAGUCUGUAGGCAAAUGGUUCCAGGGCAUUUUCCGUCGCAACACCAUGCCAUCUAUGACCGACUUGGAUCUCGAGGCGACGGUCCUGAGAAACGGCCCGUUCCCAGAGUCCUUCUUGGCAUUGGAGCCCAAGAUGCUCCGUCUCGAGCUGAAGCGCAUCCUGAAGCAAGGCUCAAAGACUCCGGGUGAUGCGUUCCUCAUCCAGGAUGACCAGCUUCGCUCUGCAGUGCAAGGUGCCCUCUUCCGCGCCCAGAGAAAGGAUGGUCGGGUCAGGCAACUCAUCACUGUGGACACCACCACCCGUCCUGAUGUUGCAGUUGUGUUCAUGUCGGUCGAUCCGGCAGCAGAGCCAGUUCACAUGACCGAUGUUCUUGGCCGAAAGUACGAUAUUCCGUUUGAGCAGUGCCGUACCGUUCAGGGUGCACGUGUAUCCAUCCACCAGCGCUUCAAAGAUGUCACCAGACUCUGGAGCCUCGUAAGGGACGGAGCGUACGAGAUCGUCAAUGAAAACGACACAGUCAUCACGCCAGAGGCAUGGCCGACAACCAUCAAGCCCGGCGCCAUUCUGCACAUGCGCAUUUCGGCCUUCAACGACGGCAUGAACGGAGGAGUCUACGUGCCACCCGGCGCACCGGACCCGCUUACUUGGGCCGAGCCUUACACCCCGCCGCCCCCACUACCAGGCUGGCGGACAAUGCCUCCGGGAAUGCGUCCACCGGGAAUGGUCCCCUGUGUAAGGCCGAGGGGACCUAUGCCUCCGCCGCCGCCUCCUCUCUCGCCCGUGAUCACAGUCAAGCCUAAAGAGCGUGCGGAGCUCGGGUUCGAGCCUGACUUUGGGCCAGACCCGACGCGAGAGGAAGACCUGGGCGAGGGGCGGAAGGAUCUUGGUCGCUGGGUUGCUUUGUGGACGAAUGCUACGGAUACUGACUUUGCAUCUGACUCGGGUGGUAUCCCGUCGUAUGAUGAUGCCUCGUCUAUCAUGUCCGGUUCGUCCUCGUCGUCGGAUGAGAUUGUGGAUGAUUGA